AUGUCGGGAGAAACUGAAAUAGAUGAUCCUGAGGUUUCGGAUGGCGCUUCGGAGAACGAUUAUAGUGAUCAUGAGCAAGAGCUUGAUGUUGUAGGAAAAGAGGACGAUAAUCAAGAAAUGGCGGAACAAAAAGUAAGACCGGACGGCGAGGAGAAUGGAAAUACUGUAGGAGCAACGGCUACAGUUACAAAACCAAAAUUCGAUCCUAAAGAUCCCUUGAGACCUAGAAGAAAGAAGGCAAGAAGAGCUUGUUUUGCUUGUCAACGAGCCCAUUUAACUUGUGGGGACGAGCGUCCAUGUCAACGUUGUAUAAAACGAGGUUUAGCGGAUGCUUGCCAGGAUGGUGUCAGAAAGAAAGCAAAGUAUCUCCACGAUGCACCCCCAGAAGCUCUUAGACCUGUUUUGGGGCCAACUUAUAAUCAACAAGUGAGCAAUAAUCGAGCCACUGCCGCAUCAACACCAACAGAACCUUCUCCUGGUAUGGGGAACUUUUUCUCUCAGCCUGAUACUUCACCAUCUUAUCCGCUUUUUGGAGCCAAUCAACAAGGUCAAAUGCCACCGCCCUUGCAAAAUCGACUUUCUUUUGGAAGCAAUCAGCCAUCACCGAUAUCUCCAACUUUUCAUACAGCAGGGAAUCGGCCAGCUGGGCUGCAAGGAAUCUCCCUACCGCAAGUUUCAAACGAUUCUCAUUCCGCAUUUGGAGGUGGUGCAUUUUUCGAUCCCAGUAAUCCAGCACUAUUCAACUUUGAUUUAGAAGGGUUGAAUUUCGGAAAUCAUUAUGGAGCGUUAGAAUUUGGAAUGCUAGGGCAUAUGGCAUCAGGCUCAGCAGAAACACCACCACAAGAUUCAAAUACAGGAAUGCCACAGAAUGUUGGCGAUCUCGGCUUCAAUAACAAUUCGGCUUUCACUAAUAAUCCACCCUUUAAUCAAAUUUAUCCUCACGAUACGUUACCGGAUUUUGCUGUGGGCUUGGACAGACCGAAUGGAGGAAAUGUCUUUGGCAAUAAUAACCUACAUCAUGGUUUACCUCAUGCAUACGCAAUUGCCGCUGGUGGUAGUCAACACAGUCCUAGCACUGAUGCGAGUCCUGCGGCAAGUACAAUGGGAUUUGAGAGCUCACCUACCACUACUAAUUAUCCAGCACCGGCAACUCAUAGGCCAGCUAAACGACAAGAUACGAAAUCAGGACCAUCUGGCAAGCUUGGGCCAUCGGGUAUACUUGGAAAGAGGAAUCGGGAUCCUUCAUCUAUUUACGAUACAGUCCAUGAACCUUAUUCGUAUACUACCGGUUUCCAUAGCUUGACUGCUUUUAUUCAAAAACGAUUCUCGCCAAACAAGACACUUCGGAUAGCCAAAUCACUCGCUUCCAUUAGACCAUCCUUCAUCUCUUGUACAAAAACCCUCAAUCGACAAGAUUUAAUAUUCAUGGAGAAAUGUUUUCAAAGAACUUUAUUUGAGUAUGAAGAUUUCAUGCUGAAUUGCUGCACGCCAACAGUGGUCUGUCGUAGGACUGGGGAAAUUGCUGCUGCUAAUAAAGAAUUCACACUUUUGACUGGAUGGAGGAAAGAAGUCCUUUUAGGGAAUGAAGCAAACCUUAACACCAAUACAGGAAGUAGUGGUCCUCCAUCAUCAGGAAGUUCAGGUCGAGGAAGUUUUACAACUCCUAGAAUGCGACCCCUCAACCUUGCUGACUCGAACCCGAGUGGUAAAACUCAACCCAUCUUCCUCGCGGAAUUGUUAGACGAUGACAGCGUCAUUGAAUUCUAUGAAGAUUUUGCACGAUUGGCAUUUGGAGACAGUAGAGGAAGUGUUACGACUCGUUAUAAGCUUCUUAGAUAUCAAACGGCAAAAGAUACCUCUCAAUCUCCUGAAGGUGAUAAGGGAAAGCGAAAAGAUAUUGUUGGAUUUAAUGGGGCUGGUAUUGGAGGAAUGGGUAAUAGGAUCAAGGAGAUUGAUGCGAACAAUGGAAUUGAGACGUUACAACAGGAUGGAAAGGUGGAUUGUAGUUCUUGUUGGACAAUUAAGAGGGAUGUCUUUGAUAUUCCCAUGUUAAUUGUCAUGAAUUUCCUUCCUUGCAUCUAG